CAGAAGGCAUCUGCGCUCCACACACGGCGCGCGAUCCACCUCAACGCAAGACGCUCUCCAUCGCAGUGCGGCUUUAAGAGGACCAAGGCUCUUAAAUCUGCAGCUGGCUCCUCCUUCCCCCAUGAUGUCAGUCGGAGGGAGAGCGAGAGGGAGAGAGGUGGGCAGAAUUGAGAAACUGAGUUCAUACAAUACUACUGAGACAUCUACAGCUUAGCAGACAGAUACGGUGAACCGCCUAUCCCGGCUCCUGUAAAUGAUGCUGCGCUGAAGCACACUUUGAUCCAACUCCAUUGGGGGGCGAUGCGCUCUCUGCAUCCCUCCUUCAAGAGUAUUUUGGGAGCGUGCAUAACCUCGAAUCAGUCAAAACAAGUGGUUGUAAAAUAAAUUAGGUUUACGCUUUCAGUUUUUCCAUCAGAACUCCUUUUUUUGCGCUCUUGGAUGGAAGUUUUACGCGCUGGUCAAGACGCGUUUAACGCACACGCGCAAGUUGGGUGCCGGCGUUUUUUAGUCUGCUAGAAAAAGAAGAAAAAAAAAUUCAAGGCAACGCAGGCUAGGGUUACAAAGUUAAUGUAGAACAAGCCAGGAUCGAUGCGUAUCGUCGGCCGUGGAAUUCUGAGUCCAAGACAUCCGAGGAAGAGGAAUUACAGCGACCAUUUCAAUCAAAGUUGAUCGCUGUGAAGGUUUUCUUUUUCGUGCACACGAGGACCGCCGUUUUUUUUAGCACAUGGAUAAGUUUUUUUAGUGGAUAACAAUUCUUUUCUUCUACUUGCCUUGCGUUUUGCUGCCACUUCUGAUGAGGAUCCUCUCCCACUUCAGAUAAAUUCGUGGCACUUGUCUUUUUGUAAAUCGGUGAUGUCUCCACGCGACGGUACUCACGGUUGAUCUUUCAUCAUAUUCGAGCUGAAAAAGAUUCGCUGCUGGAGAAGCAAAGCUCCCAUCCACUCUUGAGUAUGGACUUAGCAAGUCAGGCCCAUGUGCUGGUGGUCUUGCUGGCCUGUGUGGCCUUGCUAUGUCAGGCCCAGGAGAGGGACUACACGGUGAAGGAGGAGCAGCCGGAGAACGUCCGCAUCGGGAACCUGCGCAAGGACCUGGACCUCAACCUUGACCCCAACAUCAGGUUAUCCUCGCCGCUGCAGUUCAAGCCUGUGUACAAGACAGGUGACGUGCCUUUGGUGAGGGUGGAGGCCAACACGGGGGAGAUCUUUACCACCAAUCACAGAAUCGACCGGGAGAAGCUGUGCUCAGGGGUCUUCGCUGAGAAACGCUGCUACUAUGAGAUCGAGGUGGCCGUUCUGCCGGAUGAGAUCUUCCGCUUGGUAAAGAUCCGCUUCCUGAUCGAGGAUGUAAACGACAACGCUCCCCUUUUCCAGUCAACUGUAAUAAACAUCUCCAUCCCGGAGAACACCGCCAUCAACACUCGAUACCCAGUGCCCUCAGCGCUUGACCCUGAUGUGGGAAUCAAUGGGAUCCAACAUUAUGAACUGGUCAAGAGUGUCAGCGAGUUUGGCUUAGACAUCAUAGAGACUCCUGAAGGGGACAAGUGGCCACAGCUUAUUGUUCAGCAGAACCUGGAUCGCGAGCAGAAGGACACCUUUGUGAUGAAGAUAAAGGUUGAGGAUGGUGGCAACCCUCCCAAGUCCAGCACUGCCAUCCUCCAAGUAACCAUCUCCGAUGUCAAUGACAACCGCCCCGUCUUCAAGGACAGUGAGCAGGAGGUCACGGUGCCAGAGAAUGCCCCGAUGGGGACAUCUGUUGCUCAGCUUCACGCCUCGGACGCAGAUCUGGGUUCCAACGCACUGAUCCACUUUGCCUUCAGCAACCAGGUCUCUGCGUCCACCAAACGUCACUUUGUCAUUGACAGCACUACUGGACUGAUCACUGUGAAGCAGCCACUGGACAGGGAGGUAACUCCUGUUCACAAACUCAUUGUCCUUGCCAGUGAUGGCAGCUCCACCCCCUCCAGAGCCACAGUGAUUGUUAAUGUAACAGACGUUAAUGACAAUGUUCCCUCCAUAGACACUCGCUACAUUAUCAACCUGGUUAAUGGGACGGUUCUGCUGUCGGAGAAUGCUCCUCUCAACACCAAAAUAGCUCUCAUCACUGUAACUGACAAGGAUGCAGACCUGUAUGGUAAAGUAGCUUGCUACACUGACCAUGAUGUUCCUUUUCGAUUGAAGCCUGUCUUUAACGACCAAUUUUUACUAGAAACAGCUGCCCAGUUAGAUUAUGAGACGACUCGAGAAUAUGCAAUUAAGAUAGUGGCCUCGGAUAGGGGGACUCCUCCUUUGAACACUUCAGCUAUGGUUUUAAUUAAAAUCAAGGAUGAGAACGACAAUUCACCCAUCUUCCCCCAGCCGGAAAUCCAACUUUCCAUACCGGAGAACAAUGACCCCUCUACCCAGUUAAUAAAAAUCAGCGCCACUGACGCAGACAGCGGACAUAAUGCGGAGAUUAUUUAUACUCUUGGCCCUGAUGCACCUGACGGGUUUAACAUAGACAGACGGUCAGGAAUUCUCUCUGUUGGCAAACGACUGGACAGAGAGAAGCAGGAGAGGUACUCAUUCGCUAUCAUAGCAAGGGACAAUGGCUCCACGUCCCUUCAGAGCAAUGUCACUGUCAGGCUAAUCGUCCAGGACCUUAAUGACAACAGCCCAGCUUUCACACACCCUGAGUACAACUUUUAUGUACCCGAGAACCUGCCUCUCUAUGGGACUGUGGGCUUAAUCACAGUGACGGACGCAGAUGCGGGAGAUAAUGCAAUUAUAACCCUGUCUGUUUUAAACGGGAAAGAUAAUUUUAUCAUCGACCCCCAAACCGGUGUGAUCAAACCCAACAUCACCUUUGAUAGGGAGCAGCAAAGCUCCUACACAUUUAUGGUUAAGGCCGUUGAUGCAGGGCAACCUCCAAGCUCAUCCUACGCCAAGGUCACAAUCAAUGUCGUCGAUGUCAACGACAAUCGCCCAGUGUUCGUCAUCCCAUCCUCCAAUUACUCAUAUGACCUAGUGCGAACCACUACCAACCCUGGGGCUGUGGUCACCAGAGUGUUUGCCAUUGACAAUGACACAGGUAUGAAUGCUGAGCUGCAGUACAGCAUUAUCAGCAGCAUCAUCAUCACAUCUAGGGUCUCCCCUCGAGGUCUCUUUGCCAUCGACAAGACGACGGGUAACAUAACACUGCAGGAGAAAAUUGUGACGGCUGAUCAAGGGCUGCAUAGGCUGAUAGUCAAAGUCAAAGAUCUGGGUCAGCCUGAGUCAUUACAUGCCAUCGCCCUUAUCCACUUGUUUGUCAAUGACACUGUGUCAAAUGCAACCUUCAUCCAAGAGCAGCUGCGAAAAAGUAUGGAGACACCUUUGGAUCGUAACAUAGGGGACAGUGAGGUAACCCCCCAAGCCAAUGGAUAUGUGAUUGUUGUCAUAGCAAUCAUAGCCGGGACCAUGACUGUCAUCUUGGUGAUAUUUGUAACUGCCUUGGUGCGCUGCCGACAGACACCAAGACACAAAGUUGUACAGAAGGGCAAGCAGAGUGGCGAGUGGGUGUCACCCAACCAAGACAACCGUCAGAUCAAGAAAAAGAAGAAGAGAAAGAAGCGAUCCCCCAAGAGCCUCCUCUUGAACUUUGUGACCAUAGAUGAAUCGAAGCCUGACGACCCCACCCAUGAGCAUGUUAAUGGAACACUUGAUCUCCCUGUGGAGUUAGAGGAGCAAACCAUGGGGAAGUACAACUGGGCCACAACGCCCACCACCUUCAAACCUGACAGCCCAGAUUUAGCCAAGCAUUACAAGUCCGCGUCCCCUCAGCCCACAUUUCAAAUCAAACCCGAGACUCCAGUGGCCCCAAAGAAACACCAUGUGAUCCAGGAACUCCCCUUGGACAACACGUUCGUGGUGGGCUGCGACUCACUCUCCAAGUGCUCAUCGACUAGCUCCGACCCAUACAGUGUCUCAGAGUGCAGCUGUCAGGGGGGAUUCAAGACUGCGGGGCAAAUCACCACCCGACAGAACCUGAGCCCGACACCGGAGCAGUCGUUCAGCUCACCGCCCCCCAUUUGUCCUCAUAAGGAGGCCUGUCAACUUGGCAAGAUAACCUCUAUGAAUACCCAGCGCCGCGUGACGUUCCAUCUUCCGGACGGCUCACAGGAGAGUUGCAGUGACAGCGGGCUCGGAGACCCAGAGCCAAGCAGCACUGCCAGCACCACCCAACCUCUCCCCCUGAGUUUCCCCCAGGAUGAGUACUAUGAGCAAACAUCCCCAAACAGCCGCACCGAGGGAGAUGGAAACUCAGACCCUGAAUCCACCAUCGAGGUGAACCUACAGAAAGCCUUGGCCGAGGCCUCUGAGACCUGUACCCAGGAGUGUCUGAUACUGGGCCACUCUGACAGCUGCUGGAUGCCCCCAGCCCUGGCCCAGUUCCAGGGCCCUGGCAGCAACAGCCCCACCUCCACCCCUAUCGCCACCGCCAUCAGCGGCACAAUGCCAUCUUUCGGCUUCCAGCAGAGCUGCGCCCGGGGAGCCAAAGUCAACAUGGUCAGCAUGGGGGUCAUGGACGGCCGCCAUACCCUGGGCAGGUCCGUGCCCAAAAAAGAUGAACUGGACAAAGGGAUCAAUCGGCCGCAGUUCUACAACACCUUAGAUAGACACUGCAGCAAGAAAGAGGACCCCUUCAAGGUCAUCCCCCUGGCGAGCUUCUCCUCUCCUGGGCAGCAGACGCCCACUGGAGGGGGCAGCAGCUCCUUCUUACACGAGCACCAGUUGUAAGAGGAAAAGACAGAUCGCCGUCGCCCUGACAUACAUACGACUCAACCCACAGACGACUUGCUGUCAGUGAGGUUUUGAUCGUUGCGUAUGCGCACGGGGGGCAGGGAUGCAUCAUUUGAGUUGACCAGCUCCGGCUGGGUUUUGCUAAUGACUUGCAGUUGAGAAUGGAUUUGAAUAUGACGAUGUUGUUCAGACAAAAUCACAUAUGGGGUCUGUCUUACAGCUAAAGCAUUUGAAAGGUAAUGUAAGUAACAUAGCACACCCAUGUAUAAUAAAUCAAAGGUAGUUCUAUGCCAAAGUAGUUCCAUCAACAACAAAAAAAAAAAAGAAAAAAAAAUGUUUUCAGUUGGGUGAUGUUUGCUUUGUGACAAGAGGUGGGCAAUUUACGCCUCAAGCCCCCUGGUCCCAGCUCAGUGGGAUCAGGGGACCGACCCUUCAUUUGCGCAAAAACAUUGGCAAAUACUGUAUUUUGUGGUGAGUGAGCUUCAUCAUGCCUACCAUUAAUUUUGAGCCCUGUGUGAAUAAUGUUUCUGUUCAAGUUCUUGUAAAGUAUUGCUUUGUAUAACACACAGUACAAAAUUUUUUGGCGGUGGAGGGUUUCUCUUUUUGUCUCGCAUGAAUGUCUUUCAGAAGUCUAUUUUGGUCAGGGACUGCAGGAGCAUUAACAAACUGUCUACAAAGCAGAACUAGGCCAAUGGUAGACAACACCACGGAAAACUUUUACACUCUACAUUUUCACCAUGGAGCGACACAUAGAAAAUAUAAAAGAAGAAAAAAAAACUCCUGCACAUGCACACACUUAGCCAAGAUGUUUUUCUUGUGGUGGUUGCUCCAUCUCCGCCAACUCCAUUAAGAAAAUGUUCACUCCUGGCAUCAUCUCAGCAGCUUAGCACUUUGGAAAAACACACUUUAUUUCCUUCACAUUCUUCUCACAUUUUGCUGCUCAGAAUCACUGACAAUAAUAACUGCUAUUGAGCCAAUUAUGAAAUUCUCAGUCUAAUUACUUUGAUGUGUGAUCUCAGCAGCGACCCUCAUUGUGGUAAGAAAUGGUUGGCAAGCAAGAAACAUGCGAUGCCUGUGCGCAUGCUAUGAAAGAAAUAGCAGCUUCAAACACUCCUUCUCCUCCAACCUGGAAUCAUUGAUAACGGCUUCUGCCCGUGCUAAUAAUUACUUCAUGUGUUUUUAUGCAACUCACCCCGGCAACAAAUUUCCUUUAUCCGUUUUUCUGUGUUGGCACUGGAAUAAUAGAAAAUGGGAAAAUGGCCUCUGGGCCAAAAGUCAAACUAAAUUAUUAACGUUAACGCUCUUUUUUGUAUUUGUCAUAAGGUUUGGCAUUGGCACAAUUUAAACUUCCCCUUACCAUAGUUCCUUCAUACGUGCACUGCAUAACUGCCUGUGUAUUUUAUUUAAUUCAUACUGAUGAUGAUAACUACUUCAGACUAACUUGAUGUAACAGAUUGGGGGGGCAGUUUAAUCUAUUGCCUGAGCAAUAAGUGACUUUGCUGAUAUGCAUUUUUCUUUUAAGUAGCAUCCAAACCAGGUGUUGAAAUCAUCAAGUAUGUGAUUCAUGCAACUCAUUUUCUUGAACCAUCUUGCAAAUUAGGAAGAGUACUAAAUCUAAAAUGCAACUCAGCAUGUGCCAGCGAAUGCACUAGGAGAAUUGUGUUUGCAUGCUAUUAGGUGCCACACCUUUCUCUCUGGUACUUUGGGUCAGAAAUGGUGUUAUUAAAAAGAGGAUUUACCUGAGAGUCAGUGAAAUGAUCGCUUAAAGUAACAGUGUGUUAAUGACAUGAAAAGUGGGUAAUUAUAUUUCCCCCCAGUCAAUAACAGAAAUGAAGUUAAUUCAAAUCAAGCAUUUUAGAAGCAUCCUCAAAUAAAGUCUGCCUUAUCAUCUCAUUUCAUAUUUUUAGUGCAGACAUAUAUCACCAAAUGGUGUAAAUAAUACAUAUUUAAUCAAAAGGAGCACAUAUCAAAGGGAAAAUAUAAAAUGGAGUCAUUGAAAAUGAAAUUAUAUCACUUUCACAAAUGGAAAUUCUUCCAAAUGUUGCCCCAAAAAGCUUUUUUUCAUUCUAUGUUUACCGUCAAAAAAAAAGAAGGGCAAAGAAAUUCCUGUUCAGAAAUUUUUGAUACAAAAAAAAUCUGAAAAAUAACACAUGAUUUUAAGAAACUCUCACACUGACAAACAAGAACAGACGUGUUGCUUUUCGAGUGUUUAUGGUUUUGCGACAGGAAAUAGUGCCCUCUCACAUACCAUAGAAGGAGAGAAUAACAAUGAAAUAUGUUGGCGAUAAUACUCUUUCACACUGUAAUACAAAUGUGAUUGUUUGAAACAAUGAAUGCAUAUCACAUGUGUACAGUGAGCACAAUGUUACUAUCUAUAACCCUCAUUUAUUUCGACUUAUUGUAAUGUUGCAGCAGCUACAUUGAAAGACAACCUCUAAAGAGAAUAGUAUAACAACUGCGUGAAUGUACAUCUUUAUGUUGUUCGUUUGGACACCAACGUCACUUUUUUUUGCUGCUUUAUUGUCCCACGUUAUUCUACCAUUUACCCUCCUAGAGGUAAAAGUAGUACAUUUUUAAAUUAAAUGUUAUACCUCAAAAAAGGAGCUUACGAAUGUGCAUUUGUUUUUAUUUUUUUUACAUCUUUCACAAAAACAAACAGCAACAUGAACCAAAUUUGGACGGCAAUGACAGGUUCUCACUUUGCACGAUUCUUCUCUCCCUUUUAUUUUACCCAUAUUUUUCUUAAUUCUUUUUGCCCUAAAAGUGAAGAUAGUAUAAAUAACACAUUUUUUCGGAAUUUUCAAUUUUUUGAAAUGUACAAUUACCAUGUCAAUUUGUGUCAUAAUUUGCAUGAUCUGUUUGGACCUCUACAACGCAACACUUGUAGUUCAUGCAUCAAUCAUUAGAUUCAGUGUCAGUGUUGGUGUUUGUGUGUCUUUGAAACAAAACAAAUGUUACAGUGUGCACAUUCAGACUUUGUAAAGUGUGCGUACCACUUUUGCCUCUACGUGCACACAAUAUCUACCCUGUCAGGUAGACUGGAUUUGAAACUGUAAAUAACAGUACACCCCAGAAUUAACACAACAAUGAUGAACUGGAAAGACAAAUAAAGUAAAGACUAAAUGCCGAAGGCAAAAUACUUGACGUCGCUAUUUUGAUUCAAAGGAAAAAACGGAACACACAACUGAUGAGAUGACAAUCUCUCUUGUAAUGUAAAUGGUCACAUAUGCAUAUUAUUGCUGAGAGUGUGUUUGAAUGUGUUUAUAGGUGAUCGUGUGUGCGUGUGAGGGAGACGCUGUGUUUCUCUUUGCAUGUAUGAGCGUGCGUAUGUGCACAUUUGUGUGUACUGGCAUGCACCUGCCAGAAUAUUGUAUGUAUACAAAUGUAUCUUGUACAAAAUAAUAUUAAAAUAUGAUAGAAGACUUAAGUAUAUGCUUGUAAAUUAGUCAUCAGUGAGUCAGGUCAAGUUUUGCUUUGAAAAGAGGCUUCAAUCCUGGCCCGGCAAAUCUGUAUUAGUCCGUUAAAGCUAUACAGUCUGUGUUGUCAUGCCUUUGUAAGAUAUCCCAUUUCAAUCUAUGAAAAUGAAAAAAAUGACCUUCAAUAUGGUAAAAUGAUUUUUUCUUGUCAUUGAAUUUUACUUGAGCCAUUAAAUAUCAAGUCCUCAAAUGAU